AUGCAGCAGUGAAGGCAGCACAGGCUCUGGAGCGCUGCUGAUGCGGAUGUUGCUGCUGCUGCUGAGUUCAAUCAAAAGUAAAACAGUCGUUUCCGACAUGUUUGACCUCGGCUUUAGUGUGAAAGAUGUCGGGCACUGCCAAACUCAGACAGGACAGUGCGACAUUGUUUUCUCUCGUAGCAAUUGGCUUGGCACUUGUAACCAUUCUCAGUGUGUGGAAGUUAAAACAGUUUAAAUACAGACUCAUAAAUGAAACUGGAGGUGCAAUGUUUUAUGGCAUGCUUGUGGGGUUAACGGUGAGAUACUUGUCAUUUGGCUCGGGAGAACAUAUGAACGAUAUGGAAGCUGCGUGCGUUUGUGGUGGUUUUAACAGCACUCCUCGCAUCUUGACGGUUAACAUCACAUCGCACUUCCACUGUUUUAGACGUGUUGGGAAAAUCAACCAUCGAUGCCCUCCGGUCUCAACCCCUCAUACGCUCUGUCUUUUACAGGAGACCUUUGAUCCCGAGGUCCUGUUCAAUCUGUUCCUGCCACCCAUCAUCUUCCAUGGAGCUUACACCCUUAAUCAGAAACGAUUCAUUGCGAAUCUUGGAUCUGUUGUGACCUUUGCGUUUCUGGGAACCAUAAUCAGCUGUAUGACUAUAGGGGCCUGCGUCUACGGCUUCACCAGACUGAUGGUGCUGUUGGGCCAAGCAGCAGAUGGAGACUUCUUCCUCACUGAUUGCCUCCUGUUUGGUGCCAUUAUGUCAGCCACUGACCCAGUUGCAGUUCUUGGCCUGUUGUCAGAGCUGCGUGUGGACCUGGAUCUGCACACCCUGCUGUUUGGCGAGAGUGUCCUGAAUGAUGCCGUGGCCAUCGUCCUGACACAUGGCAUCACCACCUAUAGCCAGACGGGUGCAGGACACACCUUCGACCCCCCUGCCUUCCUCCUCUCUGUUGGUUAUUUUCUCGGAGUGCUUGCCGGCUCCUUCCUCCUGGGUUUCAUAUUCACAGUCAUAACAGCCCUCCUCACCAAAUUCACUCGACUACGUGAGAAUCCACUGCUGGAAACAUCCGUCUUCCUCCUGCUGUCCUGGAGCAGCUUCCUCUCAGCUGAAGCCUGUGGACUUUCAGGUAUUGUGGCGGUGUUGUUCUGUGGCUUGAGCCAGGCGAGGUACACGAUCUACAAUCUAUCCUCAGAGGGCCGGACCAGGACCAAGCAGCUCUUUGAAGUCUUCAACUUCCUGGGGGAGAUUUUCAUCUUCAGCUACAUGGGAUAUGUAUUGUUGGCGUUUCCUCACCACGUCUUCAAAGCUCUCUUCAUUACUGGGGCAUUUCUCUCCAUCUUCAUAUCAAGAGCCUGUAACAUCUACCCCUUCUCAUUCCUCCUAAACCUGGGACGCACAACCAAGAUACCCUGCUCCUUCCAGCACUUCAUGAUGUUUGCAGGUUUCAGGGGGGCUGUAGCGUUUAGCCUAGCUAUAAGAGACACAACCACAGAAGUGAGGCGCACCAUCCUCACCACCACACUGCUGCUGGUUGGCUUCACCGUCUGGGUGCUGGGUACGGCGGCUCAUCCCGUGCUGCACCGUCUGAACAUCAGAGUGGGGGUGGAUGCAGAUGAAAAUCCUGAGGACUUUUCUUUUGAGGUUGCUACAGGGAGGCCAGACACAACACGGGGCCUGUGGCACCGUCUGGACUACAAAUAUCUAAAGCCGGUGUUGACACAUUGUGGCCCUCCCCUCUCCGACUCACUGCCACAGUGGUGUGGGCUAUUUGGCAGACUCUUCAGCAGCCCCCGUGUCCAGGAGGACGAAGAGCAGCUGUGUGAGAUUGAGCCGGAUGACUUCACCUUCGAUUUGGAGGAAACAGAGAACCAGCUCGGAUCUAUAGGAGGCCACUCCGGAUCCGUGCACCAGGAAGACCUGCUGGAGGGAGACCUGGGACUUGGCACUGCUCCCGCUCUCGCCAGGGAGGCCUGAAGCUUCAGGAGUCACCUCCAACCCCAGCUUAUCAGCCCAUGCUGCCCUGAGGCUAAGGCCCUGCCUCCCACAGUGAACGGGGUCACUGGCCAGGGCAUCUGAAAGGAGCCGACCGGGAGUCAGCGCUACAAUGGCUCCCAAAAGGUCACGCACUCCCCUUGUGCUGACGUGCAUGCAAAGACACACUCGCAGAGGGAGGAAUUGCAAAAGGCCAUUGCUCUUUCUGUUGCUUUGAUUUUUCUCAGCUUGUUUUGCUCCAGUUUCAAGGAAUUUAAUAGCUGAAAUAGAAGAUUAAUCCUCUCUAAUUUAUGUUUAACACAACCGACAGGAAGCACAAAUUGACCUGUGCGUGCUCAGUUUACUUUUCACCCAGCAAGCAAAAUUAUAAUUCAACAGCUCUGGUGAAAAUACAACAUGUUACGUCAAACAUUAAUUGCCAGUGGAGCAGCUUCAUGCCACUCAGUUACAUAAGGUCUUGGUUUCAAGCUUGAGGCAGAAUUGCUCGUGGGUAUCUGCUGUGAUUGAAAGCUACGGUAUUUCCCGUAAUCAGCUGAAAUGGUAUUUUUGUGCCAACUUUGCUCUGCUGCUCCCCGACUCCUUAUUAAAAUUUUAUUGCACUGUUUUCUGCUACAAUCCUUUUAACUGAUUCAAAAUUUAUUCCACUGAAUUUAUUACCCCCCUAACUCCCCACCCAUCUCCCUCCACGACUUGCUUAUCAUUCUGCGGCUUGCCUAGAAUACUUCCAAAUGCUUAAGUAUAUUAACAGCAUUUGGCAAAGAGACUAUUAGCAUGUGAGGUUUCCUCUGACUUCUUUAUAGAUUGCACUUUGCUUGCCUUCCGAGUGCAUCAUUAUAAAUCUCUGGGCCCCCGUUCCCCUUGUGUGAAGCAGGGUGCUGUGAGCUGCACACAUCCAAUCUGUGAAGGUUAGGCUUUGUGAAUAUGCAGACUGUUUCUCUCAUAUUAAUAAAGCCAUUGUCCUUGAAGUGAGGGCUUUCCAUUUUAUGUAGUGGAUGCAUGGGUGCAUCAAUGGAACGCUCCUCUGUUUCAGUCCUCAGCGGCUGCAAAGAAAUGCAAUGCAUUCUCCUUUGUUUGCGCUGAUGUUUGAAUUCAGUUUGGUAGCAACAUAGCAUCAUGAGUCCUCAGAUAGAGGCUCAACCUUUAGUUCCAUCCUUAAAGGAACAGUUCCCC